CCUUCAUCGCAAUGACGCUUGGAUAACUAACCAGGAAACGGCGGCAGCAAAUCGCUUUUCUUCUUCAAAUCCGUACCGCCGCUGCUUACAGCGUGGUAUUCAGUCGUCGACUCGCGUGUAUUUCUCAAAGAGCAUCAAGAGACUGACCUCUGCUGGAGGACUGUGACCCAGGGGUCACCUCCCAGACCGGGUUUCCCUGAUCCUGACUGCCAGUUCCACAACUGCACUACUGGUAUCAUAACAUGGGGAACCUUCUGAAAGUUUUGACAUGUACAGAUCUGGAACAGGAGCCCAAUUUUUUCCUCGAUUUUGAAAAUGCGCAGCCCACAGAAGCAGAGCGAGAGGUGUGGGAGCAGGUGGAUGUGGUGCUGAAGGACGCUAAGGGGAUCCUGGAUGAGCUGCAGGCCUACAAAGGGGCAGGGCAGGAGAUCAGAGAGGCAAUCCAGAAUCCAAACAACGAGGCCUUGCAGGAGCAAGCGUGGGCUGCUGUGGUUCCUUUAGUAGGAAAACUGAAGAAGUUCUACGAGUUCUCUCAGAGAUUAGAAGCGGCGUUGCACAGCCUCUUGGGAGCUCUGACCAACGAGGCUUACAGCGACCCGACUCAGCACCUGGAGCGGGAGCAGGCGCUGGCCAAGCAGUUUGCAGAAAUCCUGCACUUCACUCUGCGCUUUGAUGAGCUUAAAAUGACAAAUCCAGCCAUUCAGAAUGACUUCAGCUACUACAGGAGAACGCUGAGUCGAAUGCGGCUCAAUAAUGUACCGGCAGAGGGUGAGAAUGAAGUCAACAACGAGCUGGCCAAUCGAAUAUCUCUGUUCUACGCCGACGCCACGCCCAUGCUAAAGACAUUAAGUGAUGGCACAACAAAGUUUGUAUCAGAGAACAAGAACCUUCCCAUCGAGAACACAACAGAUUGCUUAAGCACGAUGGCGAGUGUUUGUAAAGUCAUGUUGGAAACGGAGGAUUACCGCAGCCGUUUCACCAGCGAGGAGACGGUGCCUUUCUGCCUCAGGGUGAUGGUGGGAGUCAUCAUCUUGUAUGACCAUGUCCAUCCCGUUGGAGCGUUUGCCAAGUCGUCCAAAAUCGACAUGAAAGGCUGCAUCAAAGUCCUCAAAGAUGAGCCUCAAAACAACGUAGAAGGCCUUCUCAAUGCUCUCAGGUACACAACCAAGCAUCUGAACGAUGAAUCCACCAACAAGACUAUCAAGAGCAUGCUGCAGAAGGACUAA